AUGCCACUAUUCAAAUUGAUAUCACCUAAAGUGUUCACUGAAUUGGUCCUGAAUGAAACGAAACGCCGUGUUGUACCUGUAGACUCUACGUGGUACUUGCCAAAUCUGCACAGAGAUGGGAAACAAGAGUUUUUGGAUGAAGAACGUUUGAAAGGUGCUGUGUAUUUUGACAUCGAUAGUGUGAAAGAUUUAAAAUCGGAAUAUCCUCACAUGUUGCCCGACUCCGAGACGUUUAACAAUUCUAUGAGCGAGCUUGGUUUGAGAAAAGAUGAUAUACUUGUUGUUUAUGACAGAAUUGGCAACUUCAGUGCACCAAGAUGUGCAUGGACACUCUCUGUAAUGGGCCACGAUCCAGUUUAUCUUUUGAAUAAUUUCCAGACUUUGAAGCAAUCUGGUUAUCCAGUUGAUACUUCCAAGGUUUCUUCCAUUACUCCUUAUGGGAAGAGCGAAUACACUUCGAAUACCAAUCUCUCUAGUGAAGAAACUGUUGAUUUUGAAUUUUUGCAGAACUUGUUGAAGUCUGGUGAAAUAAAGAAUUACCAACUUUUCGACGCUAGAAGCUUGCAAAGGUUUACAGGUGAAGCUCCUGAACCCAGAGCAGGAUUGAGCUCCGGUCAUGUGCCUGGCGCCAAACCAUUGCCAUUUACAGAAGUGCUAAAUGACGAUAAAACACUACCAACCGAUAAUGACAAGAUGUUGAAGAAGAUACAACCAUUUUUAUCUGACAAUGGUAUCGAAAUAGAUCUAGAAAAGCCAACUAUCGCUAUGUGUGGCACAGGUGUCACGGGUACAAUUAUAAAGACUGCCCUUGAGAUUGCUGGUGUCAAACAAGUUAGGCUAUACGAUGGGUCUUGGACUGAGUGGGCCCAAAGAAGCGAUGCAAUCGCUAAGGGUAAAUGA